CCCGCCUGGCGGCAGCUGGGCCCUCCCCCGGCGGCUGCAGGCUCCCGGAUCCCGCCCCUGCCUCGCUCGCAGCCGCCCGCCCGCGGAUCUCCGAGCCGCCGGCCCCCCGCAGAGGCCCGACCGCCCAGACCGCGGGUCGCGGGGCUCCCUGGGCGGGGCCGAUCCCAGGGAGCCCCCCCUGACUGCCUCCCAGAGCAGGGUGGGGAAAGGGAUCGUGGCCCGCCGCCGCCUCCGAGCGGGCCUCCAGGUGAGCGCCGGGACAGGACUCCAGCGGCCUGAGAUGGGCGCCCGACCUUCGCGGCGGCGGCUGCCCGCGGACCAGCCCAUAGCCUUGGACGCGCUGCCCCCGGAGCUGCUCGUGCAGGUGCUGAGCCACGUGCCGCCGCGCGCAUUAGUGACGCGCUGCCGCGCAGUGUGCCGCGCCUGGCGCGACGUGGUGGACGGGCCCACCGUGUGGCUGCUGCAGCUAGCCCGGGACCGCAGCGCCGAGGGCCGCGCACUCUACGCGGUGGCCCAGCGUUGCCCGCCCAACGGCGAGGACGAGGAGUUCCCGCUCUGCGCACUCGCGCGCUACUGCCUGCGCUCACCCCUCGGUCGCAACCUCAUCUUCAACUCCUGCGGAGAGCAGGGCUUCCGAGGCUGGGAGGUGGAGCACGGCGGAAAUGGCUGGGCCGUGGAAAAGAACCUAACACUGGUGCCGGGGGCUCCUUCUCAGACCUGCUUCGUGACUUCUUUCCAAUGGUGCUUCAAGAGGCAGCUUGUGGACUUGGUGAUGGAGGGGGUGUGGCAGGAGCUGCUGGACAGCGCCCAGAUCGAGAUCUGUGUGGCCGACUGGUGGGGUGCCCGAGAGAACUGUGGAUGCAUCUACCGGCUCCGGGUCCGCCUCCUGGACGUGUAUGAAAAUGAAGUGGUCAAGUUCUCGGCCUCCCCGAACCCGGUCCUUCAGUGGACUGAGAGAGGCUGCCGACAGGUGUCUCAUGUCUUCACCAACUUUGGCAAGGGCAUCCGCUAUGUGUCUUUUGAGCAGUAUGGGAGGGACACGCGUUCCUGGGUGGGGCACUAUGGCGCCCUCGUGACCCACUCCAGUGUGAGAGUCAGGGUCCGCCUGUCCUAGCCGACCAGCCUGAGCCAGCCUUCCAGAAUGUACUGCCAUCUGCCAGACAUCAUCAUCGGUCAAAGGCAGCUUCGCAGCCGGGAGCCGGAUGCCUGUGGACAGUGGGAGUCCCCCGCGGCCCAUUCUGGGCACACCGCCAGUGAGCCCUGCUUGCUGCUGCUUCAGCAUGGUGGCCCACGUGCUGUGCAAGACACCAGGGACCCGGGGCACUUGGGUGGCUCAGUAGGUUGAGUGACUCUUGAUCUCAGCUCAGGACAUGAUCUCCUGGUUCAUGAGA